UCUUCACUGCGCGCCUGCGAAUCUCUCUAUUGCCCAAAUUCUGAUCCGAAUUCGUUUGCCUCUCUUUGCUCUUCGGCCUUAACAUCGGACUUCGCUGCUACUUGUGACCUCAUCUUCUCGCCCUCGCUGUCUUUCUCCGCAGCUAAUAUAUUCUCGUAUUCUGGCUUUUUCUUCCAUUCUGGUCCCCAUCUUUGGGUCCCAGCUUAUGUUCCGCAGUGGUGCAACAGUACGAGUAUGAGUCCGCAAUAUUCAGUGAAUUAGUUUGAUUCUGCUAGUUGCAUAGUGAUUUCACUGAUCCGUUUCAAAGUCCAAAAACAGUUUUCAGAUUCUUGUCUAUCCUAAUUUCUUGGCAACCAAGCAAGUUAUUGAAGUUCGUUUGCAUUUCAUCAAAGGAUCGUUGAUUUUGUAUCCCUUCAUCAAUGGAAACCACAGGGAACUCAGAAUCCUCCGUUCCAUAUGAUACUCCAAAAUUAGCUGGAACUGUUAACUGGGGUACAGCAACGGUUGUUGGAAUAUUUGCCGGCAUGUUGUAUGGAGGCAGCAAGGAGGCAUCUGCUUCUGUUAGCAAGGAUGCAGAAGUGAUGUUGAAGCUUGGGAGCACUCCAGAUAAACGUGAGCAAUAUCGGUUGAUGAGAGAUGCAAUGGAGAAGCGAUUUAUUCGAGUUACUAAGGGAUCAAUAAUUGGUGGAGUACGCCUUGGGAUGUUCACUGCUGCAUUUUAUGGUCUACAGAAUCUGUUAGCAGAAAAGCGGGGUGUUCAUGAUGUUUUUAAUGUUGCUGGAGCUGGAUCAGCCACUGCAGCGACAUUUGGUUUGAUCAUGCCAGGAUCACUUGUUUGGCGUGCAAGGAAUGUGGCAUUAGGAUCCGUUCUGGGAGCAGCAUUCUGUUUUCCUCUCGGUUGGUUACAUCUGAAGCUUGUAGAAAAAGCUAAUGAAGGGAACCCUGUUUCUUCACAUCCAGAAUUAGAUCGAAGGGAAGAAGUAAAGAGCGGGAUUAGUGCAGCAAUUGAGAGACUUGAAGAGAAUUAA